GGCCUCCUUCCUACCUGCUCACCCAGCUCGCCGGUGUGAGGACGCGAGGGUCACAGGCAGGGCUGAUGUUCUCUGGGUGUAUGUGUGGGGAGAGCCUGGGAGGGGGCCGUGUUCUGGGCUGGGCCCCUGCCAGCACACCCCCGCUCCCCCCGGCCCUGCGGCUCUGACUGCUGAUUGCAGGGGCCAGGCUGGCUGGCUGGGAGCUGGGCUUGGAGCGGGUUCCCAGGAAGGCGAGGCCUCCUGGGACCCUGUGUACUGGGGGCUCUAUCCACCCUGCUCCACCUCUCUUCCGAGGGCCUCGGGGCUGGCCCGGGCAGGUACAGCAUUGACUGUGAUGCCAGGCUCCACUCUUGAGGCUCAUCAUCUGGGGGGCACUUGCGUCCUUUACAUGGUGCUCCCAGGAGGCAAAGCCAGGACCCUGCUGGUGGCGUUAGGCCCAGACCCUGGGGACGGUUCUACCUGGGAGCAUCCCAGAGGGCCUCUUGGUGAGGGUGAGCGGGAUGUGGAGACAGCUCCCUGGGUGACCCUGUGCGGGCUCCUGGUCUCAGUGACUCAGUCUCCCCGUCUGCACAUAGCAAGGGGUGCGCCGGAUGACGGCAGCCUCCCCCAGCCGUGGUGAGGAUUCAGUGAGGGCCAGCAGUGUCUGGCACACAAGAACACACAAGAAGGUGCUCCGGAGUCCUUGGGCGUGAGGCUGGAGAGCUGGGCAGGGGUCUAGCAGGCCAGGUGAGGUGCUGGGCACUCACCCGGUGGGUGUCGGCCUCCGCAACCCACCUGCACAGGGACAGCCCCUUCUCAUUGGCAGCCUGGAGAGUUCUUCCUGCAGGCCUUUGCCUGUGCUGAGGCCCCCCCCCCCCCAGCACCCAGCCCUGGGUAGGCCCCCUCCUGCAAGAGGGGACGCUGCGGAGCCCCAGAGGGUGCUGGGGAGGGCGUGCACAGGGUUGAUGGGCUCCUGCUCCGACAGGCAGAAGGCAGAAGGCAGGCGCCUGGGCGGCAGGGCCCCGCCUCGCCAUGGUCUGUCGCCCUCCCCUCUUGCAUUUCCCCUUCCUCCUGCUGCUUCCUCUCCCCUGCCCGGCCCUCCGCAGCCCCUUUGUUUGCCUGGGCGCGCUGGCCGGCCUGCAGUUAUAUUUAGGUGGCAGGUGUGGGAGCCACAAGCCCGGUGGCCAGCCGGGCACCGGCCAUCCCGCCCACGUGAUGCCCGGUCGCUAUAAAUAGCUCCUGGGCCACGGGGCCGCCAAGCAUCCCAGGGAGGCCGGCGUGCCCUGCGCUCUGGGUCUCCGCCCCGGCCCCCCGCCUGGCCCCGCAUUGAUGGAGGCGGCGGUGGGACGCCUGUGCGUGUGUGCGUGAGCGAGUCGGGAGCCUUCAGCGCUGAGGACCUGUUCAGGGAUACUGCGUAGCAGAGCUAGGCCCUCUGCUGUUGCCCAUCGGGUCUCCCCCAGGUGCCUGGCAUCUGUGGGCAGUGAGGUGACCGGUCAGUCCUGCCGGGAGAGACGUGGCCUGCUGCUGACCAGCCCGGGAUUUAUGGAGAGGGCCUCGGGGGGCAGCUCUGAGUACUGCCAGGCCCAACAUCACUGCCACGCCUGCUGCUGAGGAGGCCCCCGUGCCUCUGGCCCUCACCAUUGCCCUCGCCCGCCGAUGGCCCCUGCUGUCCGGCCCCGGGCCGGCUCUGCCGCCUGAGCCCCCAGGCCCUCUCCAGGACUCGCAGUACCCCGAUGGGGUAACGUGACAGAGACCCCGAGUGUCAGAGCCGCCCGCCGCCACGGCUGCCGCCUUCCACCCCCACCCCCACCCCAAGGCUGCCCUGUGCGUUCGGUUCAAGUUCGGGUUUCGUCUGGUCCUUGAGGGUUCGGGGCCCACCUUUGAGCGCAGGGGGCCGCUCGCCCAUCCACCGAUGCAGACAGUGCUGGGCAGAGCCCCGGCGGCAGACUCACUGUGGGCUUUGUGAGGUUUUCUUGGCCGGGCUUUGGUUGUCCUUGUUUUUACUUUUGCCCCUCAUCGUUACCCAGCUCCCUGAGGCAGGGGUGUGGGCCGCCACUCUCCCCUGGGGGCCUUGUCUUUCCUUCUCUUUGUAAAGAGCUGAACCCCGCUGCUCAGCUCCCCCACCUCCCAGGUAUUUGCGCAGUGUCGGUGCAGGUGGGGCGGGUUGCCAAAGCGUUUUCUGUCGGACAAGCACAGGGAUCUCGGUUGCCUUGGGGCGUGGGGGGCUGGUGGGGGCCCUCCCUGGGUGCAGCCCCUCCCUGGGCCUCGCCCCGUCUUCGUCUUCGGAGGAGCAUGGCGCGGAUGAACCGGCCCGCCCCCGUGGAGGUGAGCUACAAGAGCAUGCGCUUCCUGAUCACGCACAACCCCACCAACGCCACCCUCAGCACCUUCAUCGAGGACCUGAAGAAGUACGGGGCCACCACUGUGGUGCGAGUGUGCGAAGUGACCUACGACAAGGCCCCUCUGGAGAAGGAUGGCAUCACAGUCGUGGACUGGCCGUUUGACGACGGGGCGCCCCCGCCUGGGAAAGUGGUGGAGGAUUGGCUGAGCCUGCUGAAGGCCAAGUUUUGUGAUGACCCCGGCAGCUGUGUGGCCGUUCACUGUGUGGCUGGCCUGGGACGGGCCCCGGUCCUCGUGGCACUGGCUCUCAUCGAGAGCGGGAUGAAGUAUGAAGAUGCCAUCCAGUUCAUCCGACAGAAGCGGCGUGGAGCCAUCAACAGCAAGCAGCUCACCUACCUGGAGAAAUACCGGCCUAAGCAGAGGCUGCGGUUCAAGGAGCCGCAUGCGCACAAGACCAAGUGCUGUGUCAUGUAGCCCAGGGGCUCCGAGCAGGGACCCUGUGCCCCGCUGCCGCCGGCUCGCCUUCUCUCCCGGGCCCUCGGCACCCCCCGUCCACCGGGUCCAGCUCGCCCUGCGUGCCCUGCCUGUGCCGGCCCCUUCCCCUGUCUCCCCCCGCGUGUCUCCAUGUGCCUGAGUCCGCAGCUCUGGGGACUCCCGCUUCCCUUUGUCCCCACGGCCCUGUCUCUCUGAGGCUUAGUGGGGGCCCUCUUGCCCCUGCCCGCCCACAGGGACCCCCGGGCAGCUUUCCUCUCAGGCUCAUCUGCCAGGGAGCAGGUGUAUUUUUCAGCCACUGGACCUGACCCUUCCUCCACGGCCUCUUGCCCUGACCUGUUCUUGGCACUUUCAGUUAUUGGGUCUGGAGACCGUCAGAUGUCCUGGGCGCUCGAAGGCAAUAAAACAGGACCCCGUG